AUGCACACCUACGAUGUUUGCGAUCUCGUGACGGACUACGCGGACAUAUUCUGCCAACUGUUCCCCCCAGGAGGAUGUGUAUGCCCCAUUCCCCAAGGUACAUAUGCAAGCGACUCCCUCCCCUUCGAGCUACCCGAUUUCGGUGAUAUCUUCGCUACUCUCCUCCAGGGAAGUUAUACGGGGAAAAUGACUUUCCAUACCCUUGCUGAUCCAAACACCAUCUACGGUUGCCUCGACCUGACCUUCGAGAUCGUCAAGGCAUAACGACAGAUUUCAUUAAUUGGAUUGGUUUAUACGCAGUAGUGGCAACAGGGAAUUUUUUUCGCUAAAACUUCACCUGAAAUGUAAAUGAGACAGAUGUCCAUAAUGUUAUGGUCAAAUUAGUGAUUUGGGUUGCUUGCGACUAUGCACUUCGAAGUCCUUGAAUGAAUACACAUUAUGUGAGACGUA